AUUAAAACACGAGUCCGUUAAAUUUCAUGCCUUUUUUGGGUUCCUCAAACCCUGGGGCACCGCUUUACUUUGACCUUUCCUCCUUCCCUCGUUCUCCUUUUUCUUCUUCUACUAGCGACACAUACUAAGCACACACAAUAAUAACACAUACAAAAAUAAGUAAAUCGAGAAUGCUAUUUGCAAGGGGUUUGUCUCAGAUUUCGAGACGCAGUAUCAAUAGAUAUCAAUGGCUAUGUCCCCAGCAACAACAAUUUCACCAUUCCAAUCACUUUCCCUCUCCCAUCGAUGCUUCUCAUAAGGUUUUGGGUUGCAGAGUAAUUCAUUCAUGGGUUUCUAAUGCUCUUAGUGGUAUUGGUCAACAAAUUCAUCAUCAAAGCACUGCUGUAGCAGAGGAGCAAGUGGACCCAUUUUCCCUUGUUGCUGAUGAAUUAUCCCUUCUGACAAACAGGCUGAGAUCAAUGGUAGUUGCCGAGGUCCCAAAGCUGGCUUCAGCUGCUGAGUAUUUCUUCAAAAUGGGAGUAGAAGGGAAGAGGUUUCGACCCACAGUUCUGCUGUUGAUGGCAACGGCACUGAACGCACCGGUACUUAGACCCCAGGUGGAUGUUGAUUCUUUGUCCAGGGAUUUGCGUACGAGGCAGCAGUGUAUAGCUGAAAUCACGGAGAUGAUCCAUGUUGCCAGCCUACUCCAUGAUGAUGUACUAGAUGAUGCUGACACACGACGUGGGAUAGGUUCUUUAAACUUUGUGAUGGGAAAUAAGUUAGCUGUACUAGCUGGAGACUUUCUGCUUUCCCGAGCGUGUGUGGCACUUGCCUCUUUGAAGAAUACAGAGGUUGUAUCCCUUCUGGCAACUGUUGUGGAACAUCUUGUUACUGGAGAGACAAUGCAAAUGACGACUUCUUCUGAUGAACGUUGUAGCAUGGAUUAUUACAUGCAGAAAACAUAUUACAAGACUGCAUCAUUAAUUUCAAACAGUUGCAAAGCAAUAGCGCUACUUGCUGGGCAUACUGCUGAAGUCUCCAUGUUAGCUUUUGACUAUGGGAAAAAUUUGGGCUUGGCAUUUCAAUUAAUAGAUGAUGUUCUUGAUUUCACAGGCACAUCUGCCACCCUCGGCAAGGGUUCAUUGUCUGAUAUUCGUCAUGGGAUUGUAACUGCCCCAAUAUUGUAUGCCAUGGAGGAAUUUCCUCAACUGCGAACGGUGGUGGACCGGGGAUUCGAUGAUCCUGUCAAUGUGGAGAUUGCUCUGGACUACCUUGGUAAGAGCCGAGGGAUACAGAGAACAAGAGAACUUGCAAGAAAACAUGCUAACCUUGCCUCAGCGGCUGUUGACUCUCUUCCUGAGAGCGAUGACGAGGAUGUUCAGAGAUCAAGACGGGCACUUGUGGAACUUACUCAAAGAGUCAUCACAAGAACAAAAUAGUGGGCAAAGAGGAAUCUAUCCAGGUGCAGCCACAUUUGAUUAGUGUACGAAAAUUUUGUUUUAGACUCAACACGUACUCCUGUAUUUCUAGGGACAACAGACCCUAUUUUUAGAUCAUGCUUUUCUUCUAGAUAGAUAAUUUAUGAUAUUUUUUCAUCCAAUAAUUAUUAUUUGGUAAAACCCUUGAUUUUUCUUUUUUUCUGUACUGGGAACAAGUCUGUAGAGUAAAUGUGAUACACAUCGAUGUUGUAAAAGGUUAUCCAGUUGAAAGUAAAUGGAUGUAUCCUUUUGAUAUA